GGUGAUCUGUCGCACUCGCUGCACAAGUUUUGGAAAGCGUUUGUGAGUAAAGUAAGGGGAAAUGGCAGACGCGAUGUCAACUAAACAAGACCUUUUCAUGUGCUCCAUUUGUUUGGAUCUACUGAAGGAUCCAGUGACACUUCACUGCGGACACAAUUACUGUUCGGGAUGCAUUAAUAGCUGUUGGGAUCAGGAAGAUCAGAAGGGAGUCUACAGCUGUCCCCAGUGUAGACACACUUUCACUACGAGGCCGGUAUUGAAAAAGAAUAAUGUUAUUGCCGAACUUGUGGAAGAAAUGAGAAAGAUUAGACCUACAAUUCGACCUGAUGCUUCUGCUGACCAUGGAGAUGUGGAGUGUGAUAUCUGCUCCGGGAGAAAACUCAAGGCUGUGAAGUCCUGUCUGGAUUGUCUGUUGUCUUAUUGUGAAACUCACUUCAAAGCUCACAAUGACCUUAACCCGGGUAGAAAUCACACAGUCAUCGGCGCCACUGGUCAGCUACAGGAAAGGAUUUGCUCCCUUCAUAAGAAAGCUCUUGACAUAUUUUGCCGUUGUGAUCAAACGUGUGUAUGCUAUUUGUGUAUGAUGGAACAACAUAAAGGCCAUGACACUAUCGGAGCUACAACAGAGUGGAGUAACAAAAAGAAAAGCUUGGGUCAGCUCCAAACGAAAUGUCAGGGGACAAUCCAGAAGAGAGAGAAGGAGGUUCAGGAGCUGAGGAGAGCAGUUGACACUCUGAAGAGCUCCGCACAGUCUGCAGUGGAACACAGUGACCAGAUGUUUGAUGACAUCAUUCGCUCUGUAAAGAGAAGGCGCUCUGAGGUGACAGAACUGAUCAGAGCUCAGGAGAAGGCUGAAGUGAGUCGAGCUGAACAACUCCUGAAACGACUGGAGCAGGAGAUCUUUGAGCUGAAGAAGACAGUUGCUGAGAUGGAGCAGCUUUCACACACACAGGAUCACAUCCAUUUCCUCAAGCAUGUAGGCUCCAUCUCUAAUCGUCCUUACAAAACAAUGUCAACCAGCUUGACCCUCAGUCACUCCAACCUCCUCUUUGAGCCAGUGAAGAGAUCUGUCUGUGCACUGAAGAUGCAUCUGACGGAGAAAUUGGAUUCGACCUUCAAGCAGGAAUCCGCCAAAAUAUCUUUAGCAGUAGCACCUGUACAGAUGUUCAAGAGCAUUAAAUAUACUGAUUACGUCAGAAGAGAAGACAUGUCUGGAGUAACGGCUGUUAAUACUGAACCAGUGACCAGAGAGGACUUCUUGCAGUAUUACUGCCACUCCACGCUGGAUCCAAACACUGCAAACGGAUACCUCCAUCUGUCUGAUGGGAACAGGAGAGUGAUGAUGAAAUGUAAGGAACCCCAGUCAUAUCCAGGUCAUCCAGAGAGAUUUGAGUGGUGGCAAGUGCUGUGUAGAGAGGGUAUGUCUGGACGCUGCUACUGGGAAGUUGAGUGGAGUGGGUCGAGAGUUAAUAUAGCCGUGUCAUAUAAAACCAUAAGCAGGAAGAGAAAACUUGGAGACAGCUGGUUUGGACACAAUACUCAGUCAUGGAGACUUACUGUCAAACCCCAAGAGACAUAUUUCUUACACAAUAAUGAAACAAUCACGCUCCCUCUAGUGGCCAGCUCCAGAGUAGGAGUGUAUGUGGACCACAGGGCAGGGACUCUGGCCUUCUACAGCAUCUCUGACACCAUGAUGACACUCCUGCACAAAGUCCAGACCACAUUCUCUCACACACUCUACCCAGGGUUUGCGUUAGCAAAUGGAUCAUCAGUGAAGCUUUUGUGACUCACAUGUACUGCAUGUAGCACAUCUGGACUCUGUGGCUCCAUGUGUGUUAUUGUAUGCACAUGAAAUGAUGUUGCAUCGAAUCCCCACACAUUAGGGCUGGGGGACAUGGCGCAAUUUUGAUCAUGAUACAUUAUUCUUAUGUUGACAAUUUGGAUUGUUUUGAUUAUUAGGCGGGAGAUAAGACGUUUACAUUUGAAUGGUCAUUAAUUGACAGUUCCAGACGAGUACACACACACACACACACACACAUAUAAACACACACACCUAAGCUACACAGGUGCAAAACAUGAAACUAUCAAAAGAUGAAGACUCUGGUGGAAGUUUGAACAUGAUAACAACAGGUGGGAAAUCUAACCCCCAAAUAAGCCUUCUUUAUCUGUUUGAAAGCCUUUUUGAAUUCUUUUUGUUUGUUUGUGUAGUUUUGUUCGUUUGCUUUGUUUCGUUUUUUUAGUUUUGUUUUUUAGUUUGUUUUUUGUUUACAUUGUCGUCAUAUGCAGCUGGUUGGUUGUGUGAAAUCUGUCUAAUGGUAGAUGGCAUUAAAAUAAUUAUAAAUAAC